AUUACUGCAGAACCAGAACAUCGAGAAGAAGGGGGACGUGAACAGGGCCCGGCAGGUUCAAACUGAUUUUUCGGCGAACCAAGCUGCGAUCAACUGACUGCAGGGAAGCUGAAGUUGGCAAGAAGACAUAUUAGAGUUCUGGGAAAGGUGAACUUGCGUGAUGGAUUUCUCCAAGUUUUCUGAUGACAACUUUGAUGUCAAAGACUGGGUGAAUGCAGCUUUUAGAGCACAGCGAGACUCUCCAGGGAACAAAGAUGCUCAUGCUGCAACAUUAGUGAUGAAGCUUCAGCUCUUCAUUCAGGAGGUGAAUAACUCACUUGAAGAGAUCAGUCAGCAGGCUCUCACCAACCUGCCCAGAGUGAUCAGGGAGACAGAAGCAGUGAGACAGGAGGCCAUCUUUCUCAAGGAGCAGAUGAUGAUGGUCAAGGAAGACAUAAGAAAGGUUGAAGAGAACACAGCUCACUCUAUGAAGGUCCUUGUGGAAUUGGAUGCCAUCAAGUCCAGAAUACAGUCCAUGUCAGUAGCACUCCAGGAAGCAGACAACUGGACCAAACUGUCAGCAGAUGUGGAGGAGGUGUUCCAGUCUCAGGAUGUGCAUGCUAUAUCAUCUCAGCUUGUUCAGAUGCAGAAAAGCUUGAAAAUGCUGUCCGACACAGCUGACUAUGAGGACCGCUGUUCCCAUAUGGAAGGUCUGAAGAACAGACUGGAAGCUGUGGUCAGUCCUCAACUGGUGGCUGCCUUCAACUCUCACAAUCUUGAGUCUGCCCAGAUGUAUGUGAGAAUAUUUUCUGACAUUGAAAGACUGCAAAACCUGCAGAGCUACUACUUCAAAUGUCACAAGGCUACUCUGCUCCAGUCAUGGCAGGACAUUGUGAACAUUGACCCUAACCAGAGUCUACAGGACACCCUGCCUAAACUGUACGACCAACUCCUGUCCACAUGGCAAACGGAGGUGCAGUGGUGUAACCAGGUGUUCAGUGAACCCGUGAACGUGACAGCGACUCUAGUGAUCCAGGUGCUGUACUCUCUGGAGCCGUCCCUCCCCUCCUGUAUCCAGGCAGCCCUGGAGGACACACCCAGUCAGCUCAACACGCUCAUCAGUCUACGGCAGAUCACAAUGAGGUUUGCUAAAAGCAUCGAAGCAUCACUGGAGAAGACAUCAGGCACCUACAAUGAAGAAGUGAUCACCCAGCUAGUGAGGACCAUCCACAGCCCCUACCUGCCAUACCUGCUGCAGUACAGCACACUACAGGAGCAGCACCUCAAGGACCAGCUCAGGAUGGUCCAUCUGGAGACAGAACAACAGGAGGUGAUUGACUGUGUGCGACUGAUGGGACAGUCCGUUAGUAAACUCUACAGUAUUGCAAACUCUGCAGUGGAACAGUGUAUGUCCUUCACGUCAGGCUGUGGAGUGUGUGGUCUGCAGAAGGCACUGACUGCAUACUUUACCGUGUAUACGUCUGAGUUCAUCCGAGUACUACAGGCCCUCAGAGUGAAGUGCAAUAUUGAUGAGGUUAAAGUGUCUUCAGGAGAGAUAAAGGAGGACUGGACUCUCUUCCAACAUGCACUCAGGAUUCUGCAAACCUGUGGUGAUCUCCUCCUCCACCAGAGAGACUUCCAGGACCAGCUGUGUGUGGCAGUGCUGGAGCACACAGAGGCCCUGCAGGACAACAGUACACAGGAGAAGUCCAGCACUUUCCAGCACUACAACUACCUGAGUGUGGACAGCCCUACAGAGUAUGAUCUGUUGAUGGGAACUGUCACAGGACUGAAGGAAGGUCUGGUGGAGGACUUACUGUGUGAUGUGACGGAGGCUGUACAGAAGCUGAAUGAACAUGCUCACAAGUUUGCCUUUGACAUUGUUUUCUGCCAGCUCCAACAGCAGCUGGCAAAUGUACAUUCCAUGGAGAUUUGGGGCUCAGAUGCUGCAGGAGGUGAGGUCUUACCAAGUUUCAGUCUGUCCCCAAUGGAGUACAUCACCAAGAUAGGCCAGUACCUGAUGACCCUACCCCAACAACUGGAGCCAUUCCACCAUCAGGACAACCCCGCCCUGGAAGCUGCACUGCAUGCUGGGAAACUGCCUUUCCAGGACAAGAAUGAGACCCAUGAGGUGGACCAUGUUGCUGACUUCUGGCUGGGGUCCAUAGCAAGGGGAACCAUGCUGACCUAUUUGGAGGCCAUCCUAAAGAUACCCAAAAUGACUGACUAUGGUCGUAAGCAGCUGGCUGCAGACAUUGACUAUGUCUGCAAUGUUCUGGAUGCCCUUGGAGUCCCAGCCAACAAGGAUCUGAAGGGAGUAGCAGCAUUGCUGCAAGCUUCACCCUCAGAGUUUGAUGAUGUGGCCAAGGAUUGCCCACCAAAAGUCGUCAACAUCGUCAAAGGCAUGAGAAUGAUGUAAUGCUGCCCCUUUUGUUGUUUGUCCUUAAAUGAGGGAUAGACACUCCACUAGUAUCUGUCAUAUCUGUCUGAAAAGAGUUUUCUUAUUUUACGCAAAGGAGACUAUGACAAAUAUAACAUUUUCAUCGUAUCCAUGGUGUCAGCAGAUGUUGUACAGGGGUAUAUGGUGUACAUAGGAUUUCAAUAAAGAUGUACAUGUACUGUAGGAUAUUA